AUGCGUACUCAGUUCUAUUAGCCACACACAAGAUGGCGGAGAGGAGAACAGUGCUGUUCCCCUUGGUAUGCUUUCUCGGGCCGCCAUGCUGGUGAGGGCGAGCGCGGCGCUGCGGGGUCUUCCCCGCAGCUUGGGCCUCGGCGGCAAGGGAAAAGGACUGAGCUGGGGAGGAAAAAGAGAAGCAGGGACAACGGGAACCACCGCCGCCACCAAUUGCUUCCCGCUGAGUCGCGCGCUACUUCGCCUUCAAGGCACAGAGGCGGAGACAUUUCUUCAAGGCUUGCUGACCAAUGAUGUGGCGCAGCUGAUGGAAGUGGGCGGGGAUCCAGCCGCCUCUCGCGCACAGUACGCGCACGCUCUCAGCGUCCAAGGGAGGUGUCUCUAUGACGUCAUUUUGUACAGGAUUCAUGAAAGUCGGCAAGAAGAGCCUCACAUCCUUUUGGAAUGUGAUGCCACAGUCUUGGACUCGCUUCAGAAGCAUUUGAAACUAUAUAAGAUCCGGAGGAAAGUAAACAUCACCCCUUGCCUUGACCUCUCUUUGUGGGCUGUCAUUCCAAAGGAACCAUCUGAAGAGGAGUCCCACAAGCUCCACCAAUGUGCUGGCAAGGCUGUAGUUGUAACGCCUGACCCCAGAGUAGAUGUCAUGGGUUGGAGGCUGAUCACUAACAAAGAUGCAAACCCACUAGAGAUCAUUCCUGGAAGCCAGAUUGGAAACAUUAAGGAUUACCAUAGGUACAGGUAUAAACAAGGCAUCCCUGAAGGCAUUAAAGACCUACCUUCUGGAAUAGCCCUGCCUCUGGAAUCCAAUCUAGCAUUUAUGAAUGGUAUCAGUUUCACUAAAGGCUGUUAUAUUGGCCAGGAGUUAACAGCGAGGACUCAUCAUAUGGGUGUCAUUCGCAAACGUAUUUUGCCAAUACAGCUUUCAGUCCCUGUGCCUUCUGAGAGCAUUCCUGAGGGUACAGAAAUCAUAACAAAAUCCGGAAAGUCAGCUGGGAAGUACCGGGCUGGAGGAGAUGAGCUUGGGAUAGCACUGCUGCGAUUAGCUAACAUAAAUGAACCAUUGUGUCUGAAAAUAUCAGGUGACACACAUGUGAAUCUCACUGCCUCCAUCCCAAAAUGGUGGCCAAAACUUGCCAGUAAAUAGAGCCACUUGUGCUUAACAUCAUCUGCCUUACUUAUUGAUGAUGCAAUCUUCUGCUGCCUCCUUUUGGUGACUCAUUUCAUCAGGACUUGUGUAGGAAAAGUUCCUGCUGAAUUGUGCCCAUUUCCACAGUCAUUGAUCAGAGACAACAAGAGUAUGGGAUGUGUCUUCUUCUGGAGAGUUCUGUUUAUCUUCUCUAAAUUUUCUGAACAACCUGCCCAUUUACCCACUUUCUCUUUCUUACUUUCCUGCACAAUCAGUGAAAGGGAGCAUUGAAGUGCUAAUUGUAAGUUCCUAUGGCCUUGGUCACAUUUUAAUAAGGUAUCCCAUGUAUAGAAGGUGCUUUUGUAUAACUGGCUUCCAGUUGCAAUAGCCAGCAGCACCAGAUGUCUCUGGAGAGCUCCUUCCUUCCUACACUUACAUCAUAUGUCUAGUAAGCAGACCUGCCAUUGCUGGUUGCUCACCUUCAAAAGAAGUCUCAGUGUUUUCUUGCCAUAGCAAGUCAGGAAAUUGCUGCACAACUGUUCUUGUUUUUCUCACUGACACCAACUGCUACUGCUAGCAACUGCAAAGGGUUUGAGUGGAGGAAUUGCCUCAUGGCUUCCUUUUGAUUAUUAAAAGAUUUAUUAUAACUAAUAUAAAAAGUAUCCUACUAAUCUAAUCUCAAUGACAUUAAGAUGUAGGAAGAUAAUAGCAAGAAAAUUGGGUCAUUGCUUUAAAAACUA